AUGGCACUUCUGAGCCUUGCUGUGCUGAUCAUUGGAGCUGCUACUGUGCUUCUGCUUUUGAAAAUCGGUUAUCUGGCGUUUUUCCAUCCGCUUGCAAAGUAUCCAGGACCUUUUCUUGCCAAGUUCACCAGCUUUUAUGCGGCAUACCAUGGAUGGAUGGGAGAUAUACAUCUCGAUAUCUGGAGAUGUCAUCAGAGAUACGGAGACCAUGUGCGUUACGGACCGAACAAGCUUCUCUUCUGCACAGCUGAAGCAUUGAAAGAUAUCUAUAGCACUGGAACCCAAUCCAAUUUUGUCAAGGCCGAUUCAUACACCCCACUUAUCCAUCGAAGUCCAAACAUACUGACAAUUCGGGGCGGCAAAGAGCAUGCGCGCCGGCGAAGAAUCAUGGCCCAAGGGGUCUCGGAAAAAGCGCAACGGGGAUACGAGAAGAGGAUUGCCGUCCAUAUUGACAGGCUCUGUAAGAUUGUCUACUCAAAGACCGAGGCAAUCAACAUCUCCGACUGGUGCUACUAUCUUCUGUUCGACAUCAUGUCAGACGUUGUUUUUGGCGCCCGGUACAACCUUCUCGAAAACGAUGAGUUUCGCUAUGUUCCUGAUGCUAUCAACAAGUCCAACGUGCGCAUGUCGACGCUUUUCCAGUUCCCGCAGCUGGCGUCCUUCAAAUGGACCAAGUAUCUGUUCCGCGACGCCAUCGCGGCUCGGAACCAGUUUGUCCCCUUUGUUUCGCGAGUGGUCAAGGAGCGUUUGCGCCGGCAGAAGAUGAUAUCUGACAAGAAGGACGAGGUGACCGACGUCUUCGCCAAUCUCGCGGCCUCCGAGGAUCCUGAGACUGGCGAUACUUUCACUGACAACGAGAUUGCCGCCGAGAGUACCACCUUGAUCGUGGCAGGCUCCGACACCACUUCAACUGCACUCUCAGGCCUGUUCUUCUACCUGGCGAACAAUCCAAUUGCCCGAGCAAAAGCCACAGCAGAGGUCCGUGCCAAAUUCUCCUCGCGCAAUGACAUUAUCAUGGGUGCUGCGUUGGGCUCAUGUACGUAUCUACGGGCGUGCGUGGAUGAGGCGAUGCGAAUGUCUCCUCCUGUAGGAGUACCGCUUUGGAGGCGUGUGCGUAGCGACGCUACGAUAGACUCUCUGGUGGUGGAGGCGGGAUCUGAUGUCGGAAUGUCCAUAUACACCAUGCAUCACGAUCCGCGAUACUUCGAAGAGCCCUUUGAAUACAAGCCGGACCGAUGGCUGGCAAACGACAAAGCUAUUGAGAGGGCCCGCUCCGUCUUCAAUCCCUUCUCCAUUGGCAGCCGGGCAUGCCUGGGCAAAGGUCUGGCCAUGACAGAGCUUCUGCUGACCAUGGCGACAAUUUUGUUUCACGGAGACUUUGAGCUCGCCGCCGGUGACCUGGGAAAGUUGGGCCGUGGUUCUAGAGCAGGUCCCUAUGGCCGGCACCGGGAGAACGAGUAUCAGCUCUGGGACUUUAUUACUGGGCAAAGACGGGGUCCCAUCCUCCAAUUUUCGUCUCGAACUGUUUGA